AUAAAAAAAACCAAAGAUACAUAUCGUGUUAAAUUUGAAUUUUAACGAAUGAAAAGUGGAGGGAAAUAUUAAAUCAUGUAAGUUUCGUUUUCAUCUCACAGAGCGCGUAAGAAGUGACCCGAACAUAUAUAGAUGGCGGGUUGUCAUUAAAACAGAAACGAUGCACCAUAUUUAGUAGGCUACUAGCCAUAGUGAAAAAUUGUUGAUUGUAUCUUUUAGUUUUAUAUGAAUAUAAAAGCUAAUAAGAGGGGAAAUGUAAUCCAUUUUAUAGAGUAAUGGCAACAAUAGCUUCUUGCUUUUAGUUACAAAAAGCAAAAGCUCUUGUCUCAAAGUGAGACAUCGGAUGUCAGUCGUGAAAAUCUGGGCAUGUUGUGUGAAAAGAUUAUUGAUAUAAAAAAAUGUCACUGAUGUCGUCAACAAUACGUUCAAUCCAAAGAAAUUUAUUGACAAAUAGGUGAAGAUGGAAGAUGAAGCUGAUCUUAGAGAACAAUUAUUUCACAACACAGUACGGGAGAAUAUUAUAUUCUUUCUUCUGUUCCUGAUUCUCUAUGUUUCAAGCUACGCCUUAAUUGCGAAGUUUCGACGAAGAGACCGUGAAGAUUAUUUUUCCGUUGAUGAAGAUGAAGCAACGGUUUACAGAAUCAGUCUUUGGUUAUGUACCGUUGCUCUGGCUGUUUCUGUCGGAGCAACCUUGCUGCUUCCGGUUUCGAUUGCAAGCAACGAAGUGUUGAUAUUAUACCCGAACAGUUAUUAUGUUAAGUGGCUCAAUAGCUCACUUAUACAAGGUUUAUGGAAUCAUGUAUUCCUCUUUUCAAAUUUAUCUCUCUUCGUAUUUUUACCGUUUGCAUAUUUAUUCACUGAAUCAGAAGGAUUUAUUGGAUAUAGAAAGGGUUUAAUGGCUAGAGUUUAUGAAACUGUGACAGUUCUUUGUUUAUUGGGAACACUUGUAUUAGGAAUGACAUAUGUUUUAUCAGCACUAAUAGAUUAUCAGAAAUCUAGCCUACACACAUUGCUCAAUUUAUGGAGUUACUAUUUGCCUUUUCUUUAUUCUUGCGUUUCUUUUGUUGGAGUUGUUAUGUUAUUGCUAUGUACACCAAUGGGAUUUGUACAGUUAUUCGGAGUAGUUGGCUCAUUUCUCGUAAAACCGCAGUUCCUAAAGAAUUUAGAUGAAGAAUUCUCUGCAUAUAGAUUAGAAGAAGAUUGUAUUCAUAGAAGAUUACAACAUGCGAAAGCGACGGGGAAAUCAUAUGUUUCGCCAGUGCCUAUGUCGAUAUUAACUUGUGGUUUAAUAUUGGAAGAUGAUGAAUUUCUUAACGCAAAUCCAAAUUUAAUGUGCUUAAGGAAUGGUGCUCUUCAGCAUGGAUUAGCUCAGUAUUUGAAAAAUAUUCAGAAACGAAAGAAUAUUUUGGAUCAGCAAAGGCGAACAUGGUGGGUUCGACGAACUUUGCUGUAUCCUCUGGCCAUGUUAGCAUUAUUUAUACUUUCCACUGCCACAGCUUUGUUAGCAGUUCAAAACACAUUAGAAUUGCUAAUUGGUAUUAAAGCAUUACCUUUGAGUACAAGGCAAUUCACUCUAGGUAUCAGCUCAUUAUCGAAAUUAGGUCCUAUUGGAGCCGCAAUUGAAGUGGCAGUAAUUUUGUAUCUAGCUGCUACGAGCGCAAUAGGUUUGUACACACUUCCUGGUGUUAAACGCGUUCGACCUCGACUUCAUUCCACACCUCUUAUUCAUCUUAUUGCAAAUUGUGCUCUUCUUCUUGUAUUGAGUUCAGCGUUACCAUUGUUGUCUAGAAUAUUAGGUAUGACGAACUUUGAUUUGCUCGGCGAUUUCGGUCGUAUUGAAUGGCUUGGUAAUUUCAAAUUAGUACUAUUUUAUAAUUUAAUCUUUGCUACGGCAGCGAUUAGUUGUCUAGUAACGAAAUUUACGGCGACUGUUCGCAAAGAAAUUUAUGUCAGAUUAAGGAGUAGCUUGAUAGGAAUUUUUAAGAAUGACGGUAAGAAAAAUUCUAUAGGAAUAUGUCCUACAAAAGAAGAUUAGACUGACUUCCGUUGUAAACAGAGAAUAAAAAUUAAUAUUGUGCGUUAAAUAAAAAAAUGGAACUUAAAAAUGUGAAUUUUUGUAUUCGCAUAAUGUUAAUAAUAUAGAUGUGUACAACAAUAUAUGUGUGCGAGAGAGAAAAUAUAUCUAAAACUAUUUGGAAUUCCGCAUUCGUAAAAUAUUUUAAUUUUGAUAGCACUUGAUAUUCAUAAAAUGUAUUCAAAUUUAUUUAAGCAAAAUUCAAUUAUAUAUGUCAAAUAUGUUAUUACAUGUAUAGUCCGUCCAGAGAUAUCAUAUAAUCAUAAAUUAUUGUGUCAAUCGGCAAUACCAAUUAAGACUGUGGUUACAUUGCGAAUUUUUUAUAAAUUAAUAAACAAUUCGCUUGCAGUAUAACCAUGUCUAUAAGAAUAUUAUUUAAUUGUUUGUUUUCGUCUAUUACAAUUGUAAAUAUUAUACCUCGAUUUUUAAAUUCGAUAUAUAAUUUUCAAUUAUAGGCAAUAAAAUGCUAAGCAAUAAAAACUAUUGAUUAGCUUUUAUAAAUAUAUAUUAUAAUUUAAUAAUUUAUAAUUUAGAAUAUAUUUGCUUUCUAAUUUAUUAUUAUGAAAUUGAUUAUUUUGAAUAAAUUUUAAUAUUUUAGAUAAAAAUUAUUAUCAGAUAUUUAAAAUCUUAUAGUAAUAUGAAUUUUCUUGCAUAUAUCUUAACUUUCUCGUUUCAGUUUUCAGAAUAUUUAUAGUUUUUUUCAUUUUAUGAAAAAUUUCAUUUAUGAAUGUUUUUUAUUAAUUUUAUAAACACAUUCUCUGAACAGACCGUACAUAAUAUUUUGCGAGUGUAUUGUGCAUGUAUGUGUGUAUGUGUAUAAUCAUUUAAUCACAAUUAAUUAUUUAUUAUACAAUCACUAUUUUAAUAAUUAUUUACUCAAAAUAUACAUACCAAUCUUGUAUAAGAAACUUUACUUAGUAUGUGAACUCAAAAUAAAGACAACGCAAUAUUGUGAUAAAGAUACAUAUGUAGGAGUGUCUAGGAAAUAAAAGAAUUCUCAAUAUA